GGGGGGUCGAGACGUUGGAUGUCUGGGCGUGGCGCGCCGCCAAGGCGACCCCUGGGGCGGGGUGCCAGCCAGCUGCGCCCCCACCUCCGGGUCCGUCGUUGACGAGCUGGCGUUCCUGCUGGGCAACUUCCUGCAGCCGCAGCUCCUGGUGACCGCCACCGCCGUGGCGGACUUGCCCGCCACGCGCGCCGAGCAGGUCUGGGAGCUGCUCUGGCCGCGCGGCGCCGCCGGGCCGGAGGCCGGCUGGCUCCUGGCGCAGCCGCAGGCGUGCUACGGCAUCCCCGCGCCGCUGCAGCUCCUGCGCGUGCGCGGGGAGGC